AUGUACGGCAAGUGUGGUGCCGUGCAGUCGGCACGGAUCGUCUUUGAUAGCAUCGCCCACAAGGAUGUUUUUUCCUGGAAUCUUAUGCUCGGCGCAUAUACCCGGAAUGGGGAUCUGGACGCCGCAAAAGUGCUCUUUGACAACAUGCCCGACAAAGAUCAUGUCUCCUCAAACACACUUAUAGCGGCAUUCUCCAAGUCCGGCAAGGUAGAUCACGCGGCAGAUUUGUUCGCGGCAAUGCCCGAUAAGAAUGUCGUGUCUUGGAAUUCGAUACUGGCAGCAUAUGCCCAGAAUGGGAAUCUUGCGGCCGCCAAAAAAACGUUUGACUCCAUGCCCGAAAAGGAUCUUGUUUCCUGGAACACAAUCGUGGCGGCGAGUGCUCAAGCCGGGAAUCUAGAACUUGCAAAGGAUUUCUUUGAUCGGAUGCCCCAGCAUGAUCUAGUCAGCUUCAAUGCCAUGCUCGAUGCAUUUGCCCGAAACGGGCAUCUGGCAGACGCUUACGCCCUUUUCCACGGGGAAAUGCUCUCCCGCGAGAGGAAUAUCAUCUCCUGGAACGCGAUGCUGGCUGCAAUGGACACUCUGGAGCGCGCAAAGGCGCUGUUCGAUCGAAUGCCUGCGCACGAUUGCUUCUCCUGGAACUCGCUCCUUUCAGUGUAUGGAUCUUUGCGGCUUGUGGAUGCUGCCAUGGAAAUCUUCGAGCUCUUGAUGCCAGAGUGGAAUCUCGUAUCAUGGAAUUCUCUCUUAUCAGCAAUGGCAGAUCGUCGAGAAGAUCGGAAUCUGGAAGAUGCCGAGAAUCUCCUCUGUACGAUCCCCGACACAGACGAGGUAACGUGGAGCAUCAUGUUGAUGGCAUAUUCCGACCACGGCAAGCUCAACGAGGCCCUGACCGUGUUUGACCGAACCCCUCAUUAUGACGUUGUCCUGUUGACCACCCUGGUGUCGGCAUAUGCCCGGCAUGGGCAUGUCCGCGAGUCGGAGAUUCUGUUUGACUCGAUGCCGGGGUGGACUCUCAUCUCGUGGAACGCAAUGCUUGCCGCGUAUCUCCACAACAGAGAGUUUGAUCUCGUCGACUGGACCUUCUCGUCAAUGCCGGUCACAGACGCUGCGUCGUGGUCAGCGCUCCUGGCCGCAGUUGCCGCGAGAGGGCAAUUCGAGAGAGCCGAGUGUUUGCUCGAGACAAUGCCCGAGAGGGGCAUUGCCGCUUGGAACACAGUUCUAGCGAUGAACUCGAUCAAUCGGCGAGGAUCCCAAGCGGCGGAUAUCUUCGCAAGGAUGAAGCUGGAAGAGAAUUAUGGCAUGAAUGAGGUGACUCUCAAUUGCGUGCUGCUGGGGUGUACUCACGCGGGCGAUCUGGCUUCCGGGAGGAGGUACUUUCGAUCAGCAGCGCUGGAUCACGAAAUCCCAGCCACCAAGCAACACUACUGCUGCUUGAUCGAUCUUCUCAGCCGAGCUGGGUAUCUAAUCGAUGCCGAGGAGCUCUUGACUACCAUGCCCUUUGUUCCAGAGGCCCAGGACUGGCUUUGCCUGCUCGGGGCUUGCCGGAGCCACAGAGAAAUUGGAGUGGGAUCUCGCGCAGCGCAGGAAGUGCUUGGAUUCUCCAUGGCGAUGUUAAAAGCUGGGCCUUACAUCCUCCUCUCCAACAUGUAUGCUCUUGGCGAGCGCUUGGGUCUCCCAUCAAAGCUCUUCCUUCUUCCAAGAUUAUAG